GAUGUGGAGUGUUGUUUUAAAAAAAAGUUUUUUUACAGUAAAAUAAUUUUGGACCAGUAGAUGGGGUCACAGCCAUAUGUUAUAUGUUUAAUCCCCCCCCCAAAAAAAAAUCGAGUUAACGUCUAUUUUUAUCCACAUGUAUGCUAUUGUAAUCUGUUUUACGUCAUACAUAUGCGUCGGCCGGAAGUUGAAUUUCCAUUGCCUCUUGUUUUUGUUCCCGGUUAGAUACUGUUCAGCAGCUGGGUUAGGUAAGCUUUUUGUGUUCGAAAUUGGCGAGAUAUUUGGUUAGUUUAAACAACUUUAAUAUCAAUUCAAACGGUGUUUGGACAAUUAACGCAGAGCCAUGUCUAAACGCGCUUCUUUUCACACACAACUGUCCUCCAUCAUGGAAAUACUGUCUAGAACCGCAAUGGCUCAUGUGUGUAAACUGGUUGACGACGAAUACACUGGAAUAUCUUUAGAAAAUGAGUCUCUCACUGAGAAAUUGCAUAAUCUGGAAAGUGAACUGACAAUUGUGAAAAGCACAGCUCCCAAGCUGGCUGGAAACUAUCGCUCUGUUGGUGUUCAAACUGGUGAAACUAUCACCAGAGUAGACAGAGGGCUAAACGGAUCCCCCACUAUCGAAGGAAUAUUUGGGAAGGAAUGGUGUCUUGAUCUAUGGAACCAUGGGGAUCCCAACAGCACAGAGAACAGUCCACAACACACUGCCAAAUCAACAGGGGUGCCUUCAGGCCAAGCUGAUGUUAAAGAGGAGGAUUUUGAGGUGGAAAUCAUAAACAGAGACCCACAGGAAAGACCAACAAUAAUUUUAGAUGGAGAUGACGACUUAGUGGACAAUGGAAGAGAAGGGCCCUCCAACGUGUAUCCAUCCUUUGAUUCCUUCCGGCAGGACAGGCCAGAGAGACGGGAUAAACAGGUACUGGAGAUGUCUACUACGGAUGUCUCCACAGGACACACUUUACGUUUCAUAUCCAUUGACGGAUUGGAGGAGGAAUAUGGCGAACAUGUCUUUCCCAUUGAGGACGAUGAGACAAAUGAGUUCCUACCAGACGAUACCGAGCUGUUGCCCAAUGAAGGACAAGAUGAACACAUCACAAAGCCAACAUAUGCAAAGAAGUCUUUAGCAAAGUCAAAAAGCAAAGCUGGGAAGACUUUCAGUUACUUUAACAGGUUUAACUUGCACUCCCAUAGUAAAUCCGACACAAACAAGUUAAGUUGUGUGAUUUGUAAGAAGACUUUCUUGCGGCAGAACCAUCUGACGAUGCAUAUGAAAUCUCACAAGUCACUGUACUGCAGUGUGUGUAAGAACUAUUAUCCUGGGAAAACUCAGCUCAAAAAACACAAAUGUGUUGCUCCCGAUUAUCUGGCCUCGAACACCUCAAAGUACUUUUGUCAUUACUGCGGCAAGUCUUUCAGCUGUCCGUCAAGCCUGAGGAUACACCACCUGGUGCACACUGGGGAGAGACCCCACACGUGCACUGUCUGCGGGAGAGGAUUCACACAGAAGGGCAAUCUGAAAUGUCACAUGCGCCUUCACACUGGUGAGAAACCGUUCAAAUGCCUCACAUGUGAAAUUGGUUUUACCCAGAAAGUAUACCUCACUCAGCACUUGGCCAAAGCUCACGGUCAAAAGGAAGAAAAUAAGAAAAAGAAGACGCAAGUGCACAAAUGUUCUAAGUGUCAGUUGUCUUUCGUCAAUCAGCAACUGCUCCAAACACACAUGGCUGUUCAUAAAAAUAAAUGAAGUAUUUUUGGUUGAUUGCAAUACUCUUGACUUAAAAGGACAAUCUACAGUUGCUUCAUCCAUUUUUGAAUCCAUAACUUAUUUAUGCCUCCCUCAUGAGCUUAGUUGAACUGUUGUACACCAUCAGAACCCAAAAUAAGCUUGUAAAUAAACACUUUACAUUUUAGUCAUUUAGCAGACGCUCUUAUCCAGAGCGACUAACAGGAGCAAUUAGGGUUAAGUUCCUUGCUCAAGGGCACAUCGACAGCUUUUUCAUCUUAUCAGCUCUGCGAUUUGAUCCAGUGACCUUUUGGUUACUGGCCCAACGCUCUCAGCCACUAGGCUACAUGCCACUCUAAAUAGCCUCAAAACAUGGUUAAAACUAUAAUUUUGGUAUGGAUGGUCAGUCCUUGCAUCCAUAGCUCUAUGAAUGAGUGGUUAGCCUACAUUUCUCAAGGCCCAGCACUCAGCUUUUUACUGAAACGGGUGGGGAGGCCUCUAUCUGAACUGCUGAUUACCCCUUUAAAGGAUUGUGUGUCUGCUCAAACUGGAGAACCAAAUACUGUCUAAUGUACGUCAUACUUCACAAUAUUGGCGCGACCUUAACCCAACGACCUUGUCAAGGGGUUCGGAUCUGGAUGCUGGACCUGGGAGUCCCCCCCCCCCCCAAAUACGCUACAAUAUGUUGUAGCCUUUAAGUGUAUUUUUUAUUACACUUAAUUUGUCUGAAUUAGCUAAAACACUAACAGGAUGUUUUAGGCGAUCUGGUAUGAUUUACCUACAAAAGAUAAAUUAUGAAGUUUUAUUUUAUGUGGUGCAUGAGUAUUGCACUAUUCAUAAGUACUGUAAUGUUCACUUACCACUGUUCUAUAUUUUAGGCUCAAGGAUUGAACCUGCCAAUGUUUGGUGCAAGAUGGCAGUUGGUACUGUAUCUGCAUUGUCCUCUGUAUACAUUGGUACAAUUGACAUAAGAUCUCAUGAAAUGUAUGUUUUCAAUUUCUGUUCCCAGCAGUGCAUUUUGUACAUAAUGCUUCCAUGAUUGUGUCAGUUGUUUUUCUGGAAUAUUUAUCUGCUGUAAACUUUCAUAAUUAAAGCAGCAUUAAGGG